CAGUAUAUAUAUAGGCGUGCCGACACAUGCUUCUGCACAACAGUUAAGCCAGAGACAUUGCAAGCAGGGUACGAUCUUGCAUCAGUACCAUCUUGCUCGGCCGGAUCGAACGCCGACGACAUGGCGGUCAUCAAGAUGCUCGUGCUCCCGGCGCUGUGCGCAUUGCUGCUCAGAGCAGCGUCGGCGGCUCAAUGGACGCCCGCCCACGCGACGUUCUACGGCGGCGGCGACGCGUCCGGCACCAUGGGCGGCGCCUGCGGGUACGGCAACCUGUACGGCGCGGGGUACGGCACGCGGACGACGGCGCUGAGCACCGCCCUGUUCAACAACGGCGCGUCGUGCGGGGCGUGCUUCACGAUCGCGUGCGACACGCGCAAGUCGCGGAUGUGCAAGCCGGGGGCCUCCAUCACCGUCACGGCCACCAACUUCUGCCCGCCCAACUACGCGCUCGCCGGCGGCGACAACGGCGGCUGGUGCAACCCGCCGCGGCAGCACUUCGACAUGGCCCAGCCGGCGUGGGAGACCAUCGCCGUCUACAAGGCCGGCAUCGUCCCCGUCAACUACAGGAGGGUGCGCUGCCAGCGGAGCGGCGGGAUCAGGUUCACCAUCAACGGCCACAGCUACUUCGAGCUGGUGCUGGUGACCAACGUGGGCGGCAGCGGCGGCGUGGCGCAGAUGUGGAUCAAGGGCUCCCGCACCAACUGGAUGGAGAUGAGCCGGAACUGGGGCGCAAACUGGCAGAGCAACGCCAACCUCGACGGCCAGAGCCUCUCGUUCCGCGUCAAAUCCGACGACGGCCGCGUCGUCACGGCCAACGACGUCGCGCCGCCCGGGUGGUGGUUCGGCGGCACGUACACGUCCGGGGCUCAGUUGUACUGACCCGAUCCGUGUGCAUAUCCAUGCUGCAUGAAACCAAAUUUAAACGGUAUUCGUGUAAUCACCUGCAGCUUAUCGGUGGCCAAAUUAACCAGACGAUCGAUCGAGAAGACCACGCCGCCUGCACUGCACGAAUGAUGUUUCUGUACGUAUACUGAACAGUAUGUUUCUGGGUUGUGUGUUGUUCCAUUGAUCAGUGUAUUUGGCUACCGGCUGGAUAUUCACGCAUGUUCAGCCGCAGGAAUGUGCUUUUUUUUACAAAGUAUAUAUGUUUCUGUCUAUAUAUAAGCUUACUGCAUUGUGAGUA